AUGGGACAGAAGAAUCCACCACCAGACGAGAGGGUUGUUUACUUGGCCCUAAAAAACCUAUUUAAAGGCCAAAAUGCGCAAGUCAGAAAGAGCAAGACUGUUGCAAAGCUCAUCAAGGGGUCCAACAAAGAGGAUGCGGUGGCUAAUCUACUGCGCGAGCACGACUUUGAUACCAUCUGCACCAUGGCUGGCCGAUUGCUCAGCGCCAAAAUAUUCGAAUCUACGCUCAAAGCGAAAGUACACUUCCCGGAGCUCUUCGACAGUUCCCCUGCACAAAGCGCCGAAAAAGAGGCGUCGGAAGCCGAAGCAGCUCGAAAUGAGGCAAACGCAAUCAAGGACGCCACACAAAAUCGUUAUAAAGAAAUACAAAGUGAUGACCCGCAACAUGUUGAUGCGGCUCAUGCCGACGAUGCAGAGGGUAAACAAGCAGAAUUUACCGAGACCCCGACAGUAUCCAAACACACAGCAGCGGUAAAACAACAUAUGGUUCACAUGCCAUCACUUUUUCCACUUUACCUUCCUCUAAGUGUUCAGCAUAAGCUUUUUGUGUAUCUGCAGGGGUUGCUUGAACGAGUUUGUUAUACUUACGGGACGCAAGCAAUGCCGGAGGUCCUGCAGGGUCGUGGAUGGGACUGCCCCGAAGCUGUUGAACUGAAUCGUUGGACUGACGAAUUUUCCAAACGGACAGACAUAUUUAGAAAGAAACCGGACGUGGGGAAGCCAAUCAACCAGCUCUUUCAAUCCCUUGCGAAUAUUCGUCACACAGCGGUUCACCGUAUUCGUCUUAGUGCAAAGGGUAUCGAGAAAUACCUCAGCGAUGCUGAGUUAUUUGUCACGCUCAUUGGCGAUACAGUACAUCUUGAAACAAUUGACAAGCUCCGCCGAGAGACGCUAGCUACUAUGGAGGAGCUUGAACGGAAUAAACACCUCUUGCAGGUGCGCUUUGGAGAAGAGUUGCGGAAUAUCGCUGAUCAGCGUGCUCAGCUGGACAGUGCCGAAAGGUCUGUCAUUGCUGAGAUAUUGAAAGAAGAUAGCGAGUAUCAGAUUCUAGCAGGAAAACAUGUAGAAGAGGCAAUUGCGCCGUCUGAAGCAUCGUUCUCGACCGCCAUUAACGCAGUGGAAGAAAAAGGUGCCAUAGACGACGACACUGACAGCACAAACGAGUAUUGCCAUGAUGACGGUCAUCACGAAGAUGAAUGGGGGGAUAUUGAAAGCUAG